UGCAUACUUAAUCCGCCUGUGCUGUCAUCCUCACCUUCACAUCUCCGACCAACAUCAACAUGCCAGCCGUCCAGCCGCCAGCACUCAUCCUUGUCACCGGCGCCUCCGGCUUCUUGGGCGGGCACAUCGUCCGCGCCCUCCUCGCCGCAGGGUUUAGGGUGCGCGCGACCGCGCGCGACGACACCAAGGCCGCGUAUCUUACGUCGGCAUUCAAGGGGAUCGAGGUGGCCAUCGUGCCCGACGGAGCAGCGCCCGGCGCAUACGACGCAGCCGUCGUCGGCGUAGCCGGCGUAGUGCACGCCGCCUCGCCGCUCGACACCCAGAACACUGGACACCCAAACCUUGUCAUCGAGCCAGCCGUCAAGAACGUCACCGAGCUCAUGUCCUCCGUGAAGGACGUGAAGCGCGUCGUGCAGAUCUCUUCCAUCGCGGCCGUCAGCACCUCCUUUAUCAAGGGCGGCGGCGUCCUCAGUGAGGCAGACUGGAACGACGAGGCGCCUGCGCUGUGCGAGAAGCUCGGCGCGGCCGCGCCCCCUUUCCUCAAGUACGUCGCGAGCAAGGCGGUCGCCGAGCGUGUGUUCUGGGACUGCUUCAAAGAGAAGCGCAACUUUGACGGCGUCGCGCUCAACUGUGCCCUCGUCUACGGCGAGCCACUCGGCUACGCGGCAAGCCAAGGACGGCUGGAGGGCUCCAACGGCGUCCUCAUCCCGUGGAUGACCGCGAAGCACACUGACGACGAGCUGCGCGCGCAGGCGCUCCCCGGCGUCUCUGCUACAGACGUGGCGGACGCCGUCGUGCGCGCACUCACGACCGAAGCGGCGGGCGGCGAGCGCUUCCUCGUCACCUCGGAGGCCGUGUACGGCAACGACUAUGCACUCGCCGCCGCCGGCCUCGGCAAGGACCUCACGCCCGGCAACCCCGGCCCCGCAUAUCGCGCCGGCCUCGAGACGGAGGCGACGCGCUUUGACACGGCCAAGGCUGAGAAGAUCUUGGGCAUCCGGUUCCAGGGCAAGGACGAGAUGCUGGCGCAGUCGAUGCGUUCCAUCCAAGAUUUCCUCGAGCACACAAAGUCGCGGAUGUGAUUAGAGUUCUAUGAAUACACGCUGGUGUGUAUUGUGAGAGGAUGCCGAGAUUUCCUGUUCGGCUACUAAUCGGCCGGCGCAAUCGGGUGACAGUUCGGUCGCUUGUUCCGACGCAGCAUCUUUGAUAGCGAUCAUCGGAAUGAUAUAUGCUGCGAUGCUUGACAUCUC